AUUAGUCUUGAGGUGGUACUACUAGAGAAUGUGGAGCUAAUACUUGAAGCAUUUGAUUAUCUCCAGCUUCCGUUUGCACUAAAGCAAGGUCGAGUUGGGAGGUUAAGCAUCAAAAUUCCUUGGAAAAAGCCCUGGGAUCCUAUUAUAAUUAUUUUAGAGGAUGUCUUUGUUUCUGCAUCCCAGAGAGAUGAUCAAGAGUGGGGUGCUGAAGCUGUCGAGAAAAGAGAAUUUGCUGGCAAAAAGGCUAAGCUAGCAGCAGCAGAGUUGGAAAAGUUAUCCAGACGUGUGAGUGGUAGCAAUGCCGGCCAAUCAUUCAUUUCUCACAUCACUGCAAAGGUUCUUGACAGCAUUCAAGUAGACAUUAGGAAUUUUCAUGUUUUAUACAGUGAUAUGCAGAAUGACAUGGGGCAUGUUAUGUUUGGUUUGAAGUUCUCUAAUUUGACCAUGAAGCAAAAUGUUGCUGGGUCUUAUAAUGCAAGGGUGAGGGUGGGCCAAGAGCAUAAAAUCGUAGAGAUUAAAGGACUGGAAUUUUAUUCCAGUAUAUUUCAUGGUUCAAUGGAAUUGGUAACUGUGAAUUGGAUGAGUAACUCCCACUUAGCAACUAAUAUAAGAUCUGAAGGGGAAUAUUAUAAUUCUAUAUUGGCUCCUUGUGAUGUAACCAUAACUCUUUCGGCUAACAGAUCACAUAGGCCUGAUGAUGAUGCACCACAGUAUUCUGUCAGUGCUGAAAUGAGUGGUUUGGUUGUAUCCUUAGAUGAGUGUCAGUUGCAACAGAUGUUUAUCGUGUGGGAUUAUGUUUGCAUUUGUAGGUUAAGAGAAAAGUAUGGCCGCUUUCGUCCUUGGCACUGUCCUCUACCAAGAAAAUCUAAGGGUUGGCAAAUAUUUUGGUGGCACUAUGCACAAGAAUCAGUCCUUUCAGAUGUACGCAAGAAACAAAAGAAAACAUCAUGGAGAUACCUUGGGGAUAGAUUAAGCUACCGUCGGAAAUAUAUUAACUUGUACAAGAUCCAGUUGAUGAAGAUGUGCUCCAAGAUUUGGAAGAAAUGGAGAAAGAAUCAGAUUUGGAUGAUAUUCUGAAUUAUCGAUCUGCUGCAGAAUAUGCUAUGCGGGAAUUACUUUCAGGGUGUUCUGCUCCUAACAAUGGGAGGAUGCACAUUGAUAUUCCUACAGAAAAGUCGUCCAUAGAUGACCAUGCAGUCAAAUCACGGGGAUGGUUGAAUUGGUUAUCUCGUGGUAUGCUUGGUGCUGGUGGAACUGAUGAUUCCAGUCAAUUUUCAGGAGUUGUGUCAUUUGAUGUUGAGGAUAUAUCUGAGGCAACAGAAUUUCAUCCUGUAGUUUCAUCCAGUCUUGACAUUGCUACAAAGCAUGAAUUAUGCACAUUGGCAUUGAAGAUUGCAAUUAAUCAGAUUUCUACAACCCUGCGUAGCAAGAGGUAUGGUAAAGCAAUUGCAGAAAUAAUUCUUGAAGGUGGGAUUGUUGAGUCUAAGCUCUACAAAGAACAUGGAGUUUUUUUAUCCAAAUUCAAGUUCGCGAAAGUAGUUCUUCCAAAUAGCCAGGAAGUGAUUGUACAUAUUAGAAGGCCUUUCAUUGAAAAUAAUACAUCAGAUAUUGACGAUCAUGCAUGCAGCAUUCAAGUAGAUUUUUCAUCUGAUGGAGAUACAGCCAUGUCAGUAAAGGGAGUGCUUCAACAAAUUCAAGUGAUGUUUGAUGGGAGCAUCUUUUUGAAUCUGCUGGAGUUUUAUGAUGUCUUUACAACUUUCAAAUUUCAUAAUGAAAGGGUGCUGUUGUCACUGAAUGGAAUGAAAAAUGACAAUGCUCGGCUCUUAUCCAAAGCAGAAUAUGUUUUCGCGAACAAUAAGAAAGUUAUGUGGGAAAUUACUAUCUUUGAUGUUUCUGUUAAUAUUCCGUGGAGGAAUACAGCAGCAAAAUAUUGCAACUUGUUGAUGAAUUCAAGGUCUUUAUGCUUGAAAUCAACUGAGAAUCUUGAAUCGUUCUCUUCAAAUGAUGAGGACCACCAACCCUACUGUGUGAAGAGCUUUUUAAAUUCGAUAUCUGCAUCAGAUAUUUGUAUAGGAAUCCAACUUCAAGAUUUGUACACUUAUUUUGAUGUUAGACUCGAUGAUUUCCAGAUCACUUUAAUUGGUUCUGACCAGUCAGAAAAGGUUUCUAUUCUACAGAAAUUGAGUGCAACAUUCUUCCUGGCAUCUUGUGUAAUCCCGGAUGAAUCCAUUUUGAAACAGUUGGAGGUCUAUGUUUUCAUAGCACCAUUUAAAGCACACUUCUCUCCUUCCAUAUAUGGUGCAAUCUUAGAAUUGAUCACUUAUCAAGGAACCUUGCAUCUGAGCAGGGAAUCUGAAACCUUGAACUGGCCUUAUCCUCCUAAUGUGCCUUUGGUUACGCCAAAAUCUUCCACUUUUGGAAUAUCCAUUAGUUCAAAAUUUGGCUCAGUUGAUCUGGAAGUGGACUUUGAAAAUAAGUUUAUUGUUAGGACAAAACAGAUUAUUAAUGUUCACUGAAACGAAAUCUUUGUACUUUGCAGGUAUGGUUCAAUGGAAUUUCAGGAGUUAUUUCUUAGUAUAAGAUCUUUAAUGGUCUCUAUUUGUGAAAAGAAAGAUGAAAAAGACAGCCUUUUGGUUCUUUCCUCUGGGAAUUUAUCUUCUCCUAUUAGUGCAGUUGGAGAAGAGUCUGUUUCUGGACCAAGUAAUGAAUUUGAUCAACAUUCUGAUGCAGCUUUAUCUGGUGAUGCAUGUUUUGCAAUGCAUUAUGAAUCUCCUGGAACUGAUUUACUUUGUCACAAGUGUAUUAUGUACCUAAAUAAUACUGACAUCCACUGUUACCCACAUAUUGUGGGACUUUUUGUUGGAUUCUUCAAUAAGUUGUCUUCCUAUAAUAUCAAUUUUGAGAACUCUGCUUGCAGUGAUACUUCUGAGGUUUCAAACAUUUUAUCAACUCUUGGGUCACAGAAGUUUGGCUUCUCAAAUUAUUUCGAAUUUGGUUCCUCUGAUUCUGCAUGCAUUCCAGUGGAUCAUUUUCCAUUUGUUACAAUUCACAAUACUGACUCUCUGCAUAAUCUAGAGAGUGCACUUAUAUAUGCCAUUCCUGAGUGGAGAAAAUAUUUUACUCUGAGGGACAAAAAAAUUAGAUGUUCCAAAAUUAACAUGAGAAGAAGGUCCAGAUUUUCCCACAUUUCACCCUCAAAGUCCAGACCCAAUUCUGGAUAUCUAAAGGAAUCUGGGAUUGCGAGUAUCUCUAACGUUAUUUCUAUAGAGCUGCAUGUUUGGGGAAUACGAGUACAUUUUCACGACUCAUCAUGCAUUAUUGGAACAAUAAUGGUACCUACAUCUAAAUCCUGUCUCUUAUUUUGUGAAGAAAGCUUUGAUAUUUCGUCUUCUUUCGAAGGAUUGGUUCUCACAUCAUCUUGGUGGGGCCGGAAUUUCCAAGAUUAUCUAUGGGGUCCCUGCUCAAAUUUAUCUCCUAUUUUGAAUGUGCGUGUCAGGAAAGGAAAGAACAUAUCUUCAACUAUUGGGCUGGAAGUAAGUAUUAGUGUUCAGCAUGUGUACUGCAUGUUACCCUCUGAGUAUCUCUCCAUCAUCAUUGGUUACUUUUCAUUAGCUGAAUGGGGUGGUGAUUCAAGUGGUAGAUCUCCUGUAGUGGAGCAGAGCGAUGUAUAUGUUAAAAAUGAAAUGAGUAUCACAGUAAAGUUUGAGGUCUUGGACUCUACUCUUAUUUUUCCAGUGGAGAGUAAUGAAUACCAAUAUCUAAAGGUUGAAAUGCGGCAGUUAUAUGGUAGUUUUAUUGAGAAUUCUGGUUUUGACAACAUAUUGAAGAGCAUCCCUCCUGAAUGUUUAGUUCCUGUUCAGAAGCUUGCCAAGAGGAAUAAUUGUGUAAAUGUGUUUGCCCGGGAUGUCUACCUAUUAUUUGUUUUGUGCAAGAAUGAUAUGUAUGGAUCAGCAACAAUUGAACAAAAUACUGAGUUUGUGUUAAAUACUUUAAUUGCCCCCAUAAAUGCUGAUGUUUGGGUUAGAAUUCCAUAUGGUGAGACUAGUUGCAACAGCUCUUCAUCGUCCAUAUGUUGCAUGACAAACAUCAGCAGUUGUUAUAUUAUUGCUGAAGAGAGUAAUUUUUUGGAUGGAUGUUUGGCCCUAUUGGAUGUUAUUGAUGAGUUCUCCACUGUUGAAGAUAAAUCAAAAUGUUUCCAAUCAGAUCUUCUGCAAUUCCUAGAUUUGAAGAGAAGUUUAAAGGCAACUGGUGCCAUUUCAACGACUCCGGGUGCUUCAAUGAUGAUAUUGACAGAAAUAAAAUGUCACACUCAGUCUUUGUUGAUAAGCUUCUGUCACAAAAAAGAAGAUUCUGUUGAACUAAUAGCUAAGGGUGAUUUCCAAUUUAUUUGCUCUGCAUCCUUGGUAAAUGAUUCACUGGUUUCGAUAGAUGUAGGUUUCUCCACCCUUGUGUUAUACUCCCCACACGAUUCUAUGUUAGCAAAAUUCAGUUCUGCUCCCUGUUCCACAUUAGUACUUGAAAUAUCUUUUUCUAAAUCUUUGGACAGUCAGAAUGAAGUCAGCCUCAGUCUUUCGUCUCUUGAUGUUUGGCUUCAUCUGUGUGAGUGGACUGAGGUUCUUAAAUUCCUCAAUCAUUUGAGUGUAAGUUUGGACAAAAGUGUUUCUACAGAUGCAACACCCAAGAGCUUGUCUUUCAAUGCAGCUGAUUCUGUAAAAAUGACAGCAAGAUGUGAUGCUUCCAAUUUCCUUGAUUCUGACAUUAACUCAUCGCAGUUUACAUCACAAGAAGCAGAGAAUGUUGUUUUAAUGAUUGUUAAGUCGAACCUCAUUUCUAUUUCAUUUCACAUCCCUGUCUGGGUUAGUGAAGAACCUUGCAUGGAAUUUCAGCUUUCUGAAGGUCUCAAAGUGACACCUUUAAGUGCAUCCUCUGAUUUGGUUGAAGAGAAAGACGCAAACUUCUUGACAGUGACUUUGAACAUGAAUGGUUUUGAAUUUUUCAUGAGUAGCAGAGAUUUCCAUCUGAAGUCCAACAUGGAAAAAUUGAGCUGUGUAAUAAUGACUAUUGAGAAUGGAAGAUAUACAUCUUCGCCUCUUUGUGAUAUCUUUCAGGUUCAUGUGGAGGCUGUACUGUGCAAGAACCCAACAAACACAACCGAGUCCAGGGUGGAGAUUAUAUGUGAUCAUUCAGAUGUGUGGCUUUCACAUCCUGCAUUCUAUUUAUGGGGUGCUAUAAAAUUCGACAUUCCCAAAUCUGGCUCUUCCCAGUAUUCUGCUUGCGGCAUUGCUUUCAAGUUUAAUAUGAGGAAAGUCUCUAUUCUGCUAACAGAUGGAAAGUGGAGCUAUAAUGGGGCACAGAUGGAGAUUCUAGUCAGAAACAUCCUCUUUCAUGUAAAGACAAGCGAAAAACUUAUGGAAUGUUCAGUUACUGGUGAUCUUCAAGUUAAUUACAAUAAUAUUGAGAAGGUGUCGUGGGAGCCUUUUAUUGAACCUUGGCAGCUUCUAUUGACUUUAGUUAGAGAACAAGAAACGAGUACUGUGCUGAGUAUGUCUGUUCCAACAGAAAUCAUUUUCAAGUCUACUACUCAGCUGAACAUUAAUAUCACAGAAUCCUUAGUUGAGUGUGUUUCACGCACAACUGAGAUGCUCUUGGAUGUGCUGGGGCUGGUAGGAUUGAAUAAUUAUGAUGGCAACAAACUUAUCCAUUCGCCAUAUGCUGAGCUCAUGUGUACGAGAAGAUGUGGUGCUCCCUAUGUCCUACAAAACCUAACUUCUGUUCCUCUUCUAUAUCAUGUAUAUCAUGGUCCUUUAAAUCCUGAUGAACUUUAUGAUUCCAAUGAGAAAUAUGGAAAAUAUGUAAACCCAGGUUCCACAAUUCCAAUAUACAUGGAUGAAAACACUGAAGAGCGGCUUUCACGUUACAGGCCUUCUCAUUCUUCUGAUAGUCUAAAUGAUCAGAGGCUAAAUGGUUUUGCUCAUCAUUAUAUAACUGUGCAGCUUGAAGGAACACCUAUGCCAUCUAACCCAAUGUCAAUGGAUUUAGUAGGAGUUACAUACUUUGAGGUUAAUUUCUCCAAGACAUACAAUGAAAAUGACGAGGAUGGUAGAAUGAGUACAGGGCCUACUUUCAUUGUUCCCGUUGUUUUUGACGUUUCAGUGCUGCGCUAUAGCAAGUUAAUUCGAAUAUACUCCACUGUUGUACUCCAAAAUGCAACUUCUAUUCCUCUUGAGCUGCGGUUUGAUAUUCCAUUUGGUGUGUCACCGACGAUAUUAGAUCCGAUACACCCAGGGAAACAGUUACCACUUCCACUGCACUUGGCUGAAGCUGGUUUUGUAAGGUGGCGGCCUAUGGGGAGCUCUUAUUUGUGGAGUGAAGCUCACAACCUCUCAAAUCUCCUAUCAGUGAAUAGCAGAGUAGGAAAUUUAAAAUCAUUUGUCUGCUAUCCAUCUCACCCAAGUAGUCAUCCAUUUCGUUGCUGCCUAUCAGUUAAGAAUAUCAGCUUGACUUCAUCUGGUUGGAUGAACAGUAAUAUCUCUGCAGAUGAUGAAAAAAAGCGUUAUAUUCAUCACUUGAUCCUAAGUGCUCCUUUAAUAAUUAGCAACUACCUUCCUAAGGAAGUUUUGUUGGUUAGUGAAAGUUCAGGGGUAAAUCAUACUGUGAGGGUUUCAGAGGUGGAAACUUCUGUUUAUCAUAUUGAUCCCUCUCAUGAUCUAGGAGUGGAGAUCUGCAUUGACGGAUUUAAACAUUCUGAUUUCAAGUUUCCUCGUUUAGAAAAUUUCUGCACUCUGGCCAAGUUCAGUGAAACUGAAACCAAGUUUUCACUGUCUGAAACCCUGAUAUUUGAACCAACUAAUUCAGACGGUCAUAUGUAUGUUACAGUGGAGAAGGUGAUAGAUGUAUAUUCUGGUAGCAGGGAAGUAAUAAUAUAUGUUCCUUUCAUCUUAUAUAACUGCAUGGGUUUUCCUAUGUGUAUAAAAGAAACAACUAGUGGGUCAAAUCAGAGGGGAUUUGUUAUUCCUUCGUAUUAUGAUUUUUGUGAAAACGAAACAAUUUCUACAAAAAAGGAUGGUCUCUCUCUCCUGUCAUCCAGCCAUGAGUUACAUGCUGAAGUUCCUCUUAACCCAAGGAGUUUUUUGAAGAAUCAUACCAUCUCAUGCAGAGAGGAUGUUACUGCAAACACUCCGAGCUUCCCAGGUAGUUCCUUAUUAUUCUCUGGUAACUACCAUGGAAGUUUAGGAAGACAACGAAGGAAAAGUGGUUCUACAAAUGGGAUUUCAUCUUUAGGAAGAUCGAAGAAUACAGCCAUCUCCAUUAUCCAGUCAACUUGGAAGGAUUUUGGUUCCGGUAAUCAGGAGCAUGGAAAGGUUGGGCCAUGUAUGUAUUCUCCUGCCGCUAAUUCUGCUAUAAAUGAGAUUUUGGUUAAAUUAAGUAGAUAUUUCCCUGGAGAUGCUAGCGAACAGUUGCCAUUUUCUUUGUGGUCAAGUCCAUUUUCUCUGCUACCACCAAGUGGUUCAAGUACGAUUCUUGUUCCUCAGUUAGCGUCAAAUUCUGCAUUCAUUGUAGCUGUGACUUCUAACACAAUUGGUGAACAAUAUACUGGGAGGACAAAUGCAAUCACUUUCCAGCCUAGAUUUGUAAUCAGCAAUGCAUGCAGCAAGGAAAUAUCUUACAAACAGAAGGGAACUGAUGUAAUUUUUUAUUUAGGAAUAGGGGAACAUGCUCAUCUUCAUUGGACAGAUAUGACUAGGGAGCUGCUUGUCUCAAUUUGUUACAAUGAAUCAGGAUGGCAGUGGUCUGGAAGCUUUUUGCCAGAUCAUCUAGGUGAUACACAACUGAAAAUGAGGAACAUUGUUUUUGGCACUUCAGACAUGAUUCGAGUUGAGGUGCAGAAUGCUGACAUAUCAAUGGGGGAUGAAAAAAUAAUUGGAAGCAUUAAGGGAAACUCAGGCACCAACUUGAUUCUUUUGUCGGAUGAUGAUACAGGGUAUAUGCCAUACAGAAUUGAUAAUUUCUCCAAGGAGGAAUGGACGAGUCUUGGUAAUCUCAUAAGAAAGAACAUCAGUUUGGCAACAAAAUUGCUAUGGCUUUUACCUUUAGAGCCCCAUUCUUUAUGGCAUCAGGUAUAUGGCAUGAACGGAAAUGGAUGGGAUGCAAAUCCUGCUAGUGAUUAUGCUACCUUAAACCCUUUCCUUUCUCUAAAAAGAUUGCGAAUAUAUCAGCAGAAAUGUGAAAUGUUUGACACAGUCAUUCACUCAUACAGUUCUUACCCUUACACUUGGGAUGAACCCUGCUAUCCUCAUCGUCUUACAGUCGAGGUACCUGGAGAGCGAGUUUUGGGAUCAUAUGCCCUUGAUGAUGUAAAAGAAUAUAGGCCUGUAUGUUUGCCGCCAACCUCCGAGAAACCAGAAAGGACUUUCUUUUUAUCAGUGCAUGCAGAGGGAGCAACAAAGGUCCUCAGUAUUCUCGAUUCAAAUUAUCAUAUUUUUAAUGAUGUUAAAAAAUCAGAUAUCCGACAAACUGCAGAUAAAAGGUUAUAUGAUCACAAACAAGUUAAGCUGUCAGAGUACAAGGAAAAAAUAUCAAUUUUUAUUCCGUGUAUUGGAAUAUCUUUGAUUAAUUCAUACUCACAGGAAUUGCUUUUUGGCUGUAUUAAGGAUAUACAAAUUGAGCUACUGCAGAGUUUGGAUCGUCAAAGCCUUUCCUUGCAGAUAGCCUUCUUACAAAUUGACAACCAGUUGCGCUCCACUCCAUAUCCUGUUAUGUUGUCAUUUGAUAGUGGAUACAAGUCCUGUGCUGCUGACAACGUGAAAUAUAGGGAUGAUGUUGGGGGGAAAAGAAUUGAAAAGUUAAAUCAGAUUUCUAUUCCCGUGUUUAGCCUAGAAAUAUCGAAGUGGAGGAAGAAAGACAUUUCGUUUAUUUCAUUUGAAUACAUAAAAUUGAGGAUGGCAGAUUUCCGUCUUGAGAUUGAACAAGAAGUCAUAUUAAGCUUGUUUGAGUUCUUCACAAAUAUCACUUGUGGGAUGCAAUGUGGAAUCAUGGCAUCUUCAGAUCACUAUGAGGGAGCAUCACUAAAGGAUUCCUCCUUUGUUCAGACUGAGAAAUUGAGAUUAACUACUGACCAAUGUCCUCCAAGAAUUGAUUCCUUUUUCAAUGGAAAAUCAAAAAAAAAUGUGGCAUUGCCUUCCAUCACUCCAAUUGGGGCCCCUUGGCAGGAUAUUUAUCUUUUGGCAAGAACCCAGAAGAAAGUUUAUAUUGAAAUUCUUGAAUUGGCACCAAUCAAAAUGACUUUGAGUUUUUCUAGUGCCCCAUGGAUGCUUCACAAUCGGAUCCUGACAUCCAAGGAAUUUCUUAUCCAUCGAGGUCUAAUGGCUCUUGCUGAUGUUGAGGGGGCUCAAAUUUAUUUGAAGGAUUUAAGUAUUGCUCACCACAUGGCCAGUUGGGAAUCUAUUCAGGAGAUUCUAAUUAGGCAUUACAACCGCCAACUACUUCAUGAGAUCUACAAGGUGUUUGGUUCUGCUGGUGUCAUUGGUAAUCCCUUGGGUUUUGUGAGAAGCAUGGGUCUUGGCAUUAGAGAUUUCUUAUCAGUGCCUGCAAAGAGCAUUAUGCAGAGUCCCACCGGACUUGUUACGGGCAUGGCCCAGGGCACCUCUAGUCUUUUAAGCAACACAGUGUAUGCCAUCAGUGAUGCGGCUUCCCAAUUCAGUAAAGCUGCACGCAAGGGUAUUGUUGCAUUUACAUAUGACGACCAAGCAGUUUCACGUAUGGAAAAACACCAGGCAACUGUAACCUCAGAUAGCAAAGGCGUAAUUAAUGAAGUCUUAGAGGGGUUGACUGGUCUUCUCCAGUCACCUGUAAGAGGAGCUGAGAAGCAUGGUCUCCCCGGUGUCCUCUCAGGAGUUGCUUUAGGAAUUACAGGACUAGUAGCAAAACCUGCUGCUAGUAUACUCGAAGUUACCGGCAAAACUGCACUCAGUAUUCGAAACCGCAGUAAGCCCAAUCAAUUGAGAUCCCAAUGCUUUAGGAUCCGUCUUCCAAGGCCUCUGAGCCAUGAACGUCCAUUAAAACCUUAUUCAUGGGAAGAAGCUGUUGGGAUAUCCGUCCUUCUGGAGGCUGAGGAUGGUCUAAAAUUCAAAGACGAGAAGUUAGUGGCUUGCAAAGCCCUCAAAGAAUCUGGUAAGUUUGUCGUCUUAACAGAGAGAUUUGUAUUGAUUGUUUUCAGUCCUUGGUUAGUAACAUUGAGCAAGCCUGAGUUCCCCGGCAUCCCUGCUGAUCUCGAGUGGAUAAUUGAAUGGGAGAUUGGAUUGGAAAACAUAGUAUAUGCUGACGCCGCUCAAGCGGUUGUACACAUAGUUAGUAGCAGACCAGAUUCCCUAUUGAGACAAAAUCACCAUUCUCCUAAGCGAAGCAGCAGUAGAACCAGAGCUGUGCACUGGAACCAUAAUCCAACUCAUCUUCCACUCCCCCAGACGAACUUGGAGCUAUCAUCUGAGGAAGAUGCAACCAACUUGUUACAGCUUUUGUUGUCUGCCAUUGAAGAAUGGAAAGGCAAAGCUUCACACUGCGGGCGCAUCCUGCAUCGGGCUAAUCUCAGGACCAAAAAUGAAGCAAACGUGAAAGAGGGGAUGUGAUUCUUCUAUAUUUGGGAGAGCAAUUCAACCACACUGAGCAGAGAUUUUGCUGAAUUUUCUCUACUUGUAAUUAUUCUUGUACAUUAUAUGUUUAUAUUUUGUUUAUGUCCUUGCUCCCCAUUUGUUCUUGAGAGUAAAUAUUUCCCAUAGUUGUAUAGAAUAGUGGUUAUUAUUUUGUUUUUAUAAUCCUUGUAAUUAUUGGGUGUUUCAUUUGCUUGUGUUUGUCCCAUUUUUGGAAGUAUAGUCAUGGAUGUACAAGGUGUGAUAGAUCAUAUAUAGGAAGAUUUUAUUUAAGGCUUAAUUAACUCCA